CGGAGACGGAUUUCCGAACCAAGUGUAGCAAAAUAGCCUCUACUUUGUUUACGUCCCGUUGGUUAGCUGACAGCUGUUGUAGCACUUUACCCACAUAAACUACCACUUCUGCUUGUCUCUGGUGGUCCCCUGGAACUUCCUAAACUUUAAACAAAUUGUCCCGGAUGUCAUGGAUGCGAUGUUUUGUUGAAUGAGGGGAACCCACUAGAUGCCGUCAGGAGGAUGAACUCCAUCACCGGUCGGGCUCUCUCCAUCCCCGCCGCUUCUGUUACCAACUCUGGAGCUUCAUCCUCUCGAGCCUUACAUGUAGAGCUCACAUCCCAACAGAGACGACUGCGUCAUCUCCGGAGCAUCGCAGCCAGAAACAUUGUCAACAAGAAUGGUUCCCCACUGCUGGACACUUACUUCACCCUCCACCUCUGUAUAGGAGACCGUAUAUCAAGAGAUUUUUACAAGAGUGAAGUCAUACGAGACUCACUGAAUCCAACCUGGCGGAGUCUGGACUUUGGCAUGCUGCCGGACCUCCUGGACACCUCAGUGUCUUGCUUCGUGGUGAGGAUCUGGGGAGGGCAGGAGGAACAGUACCAGCUCCUCAUAGAAUGGAAGGUUAAUCUGGAUGGCCUCAGAUACACAGGACAGCAGAUUCGAUCCAGGAAUCCAAAUGAAAUCAUAUUUGGAUUGAAUGAUGGCUACUAUGCAGCUGACUUUGAUCAUAAGGAUCAGUCGGAGCGGAAGAAAAACAGUCUGCUUCAGGUUGACCUGAGUUCAGUCAGGAACUCCUACAGUGUUUUCUCUUUGCUUAGACUUCACACAGCCCAGAGAGCCAUCAAGCAGACCCAAGUGACCGUGCAGAAGAUUGGGAAGGAGAUCGAGGAGAAGCUCAGGACAACGGCGACAUGCACAGAGCGGAAGAAAGAGCGGGAGUGUAUGCAGCUGCGCAUUGCCGUGCUGCGUAGUGAACUGCAGCGGCAGAGGAAGGCGCUCAGCAGGGAAAUAGACCAACGGCAGAAGGAGAGGACACAGCUUCAGAAGAAAGAGGAAGCAUUCUCCGCUCAACACGAGAGUCUGAAAGAUGAGAAAGAAUCCUUAUCCAAGCUGCAGAAGGAAUGCACUGCCAAGAGAGAGCAGUUCCUCAAGUCCAAUGCCCAGCUCACCUUCCGCUGUCGUCAGCUCCUCUCUGAGCUUUCCUACAUUUACCCCAUUGAUGUGGCUAAUCAGUCAGAUUAUGUCAUCUGCGGAGUGAAGCUGCCAAACUCUGAAGACUUUCAAGCAAAGGAUGAUGGGAGCGUGGCAGUCGCCCUUGGUUACACAUCGCAUCUGGUCCUGAUGAUCUCGUGCUUCCUGCAGAUCCCUCUUAGGUAUCCGGUGAUGCAUAAGGGUUCUCGCUCCUCCAUCAAGGACACCAUCACUGACAGACUGACUGAGAAGGAGAGAGAGUUCCCUUUGUACUCCAGAGGAGAGCGGUUUCAUUUUGAAUAUGGUGUCUACUUACUCAACAAGAACAUUGCCCAACUGAGAUAUCAACAUGGCUUAACCACCCCAGACCUGCAGCAGACACUACCCAACUUGAAGAACUUCCUGGAACAUGGCCUUCUGGUCCGAUGUGAUAGACACCAUGUCUCUAGCUCCAUCCCUGUGCCAACUAAGUCUCAGCUUGGUGUGUCUGCCACCUCAGAUAUAGGAUACCCCUGUCACACCAGCUCACCAGACCGAGGCCUGAGGAAAAGGGCAAGCUCUGAGGCAGAUAAGCCCAAGUACAAGCCAACUCCUCCACCCAGCUAUAACACAGCCAUGGGGGAAGAGCAACCCCCAGCUGGCUUGGCACCACCCUCGCCCUCGGCCAAGCACCUGUCCUCCUCCCUUGAUGCCGGCAUGGCCUCACUUAACCUGACCAAGAGUAUGGAUGCCAACAAGGAGGUUGAGCAGGAGGAAAAUAAGGAGGAAGAUAAGGAAACAGCAGUGGAGGCGGACAGACGCAGAAGCACUGACAGAGGGAUUGAAGUAAAUAAGCAAGAAGAGACUGACGAGCAGCCGGCCAGUAGUGCAGUUGCACCAAACUCUUCUACAGUGCAGGACACUGGUGAGGAAACAGUGGCUUCUAGUCAGCACACACGGGCCAUGAACGGCUCUUUGGCACCAGGACAGGCACCCGUUAGCCUGGCCCCAGAGCUGCGCUGCUCCGUGGAGCAAGCUGAGGAGAUCAUGGGCACAGAGGCCACUAGUUUAGGCCUGGGACUGGGGUUAGGACUAGCAGAUGAGGCUCGACUGGAAGACUACCGCUGCAUCCCUGUGGACCAUGCCGUGGCUGUGGAAUGUGAUGAACAGGUGCUGGGCGAGCUGGACGUCGCUGGCUUUGAGGAGUUCUCCAGGCGCAUCUAUGCACUAAACGAGAACAUGUCCAGCUUCCGCAGACCACGCAAAAGCUCUGAUAAGUGAGGAAGAGGACCUAAGGAGACAGGGAGACAUGAAAAAAAACUUGCACAGGGGGUUUGAAUUAAUACAAAGCAGGGACAUGAACUGGUGGGCUCCCAACUCCCUUAUUGCAGCAUCAAAAAUCAUAGGAGCUAAUCUGGAAUAACGACCAAUUUGCACUUACUGUAAACAUUUCCAUAGUAAUCUUUUAAAUGAAACACAGUUAGAAGUGCAAGUAUUGGGACAGUAUGCUUUACUUUUAUUUUUGAUGCCAGCAAUAUUUAAUUUUUUUAAUAUUGGAUGCAACAAUGACCCAUUAUUCAGACAUUGAUCUUCACAGAAUGACUUACUGUCGGGGACCAUUAAUGUAAAACAACACACAAACAAUGUGUAUCAUUGCACUAUGUUUUCAAGAACUUCAAGGUGAAUAAAAAGGUUUCAGUGCGGCAGCUUCAGUUUCAAUGUUUCACUCACAGAGUUUUGUUGCACAGUUUAAUCAGUUUUAGAGUCAUUGAUAUAAACAGCACACACACACAGGUAGCGUUUGCUGCUGGAAGUUCUAUCGAUGUGAAUCGUCUUCUGUCACAGAGUCUGCUGUCCCAGUACUUACACCUUUGGCUGUACGAGCAAAUGUUUAGACGCUUCCAGAGCCCUGUUUCAGGGUGCAUGACAGUGGGUAUGUGCAGGAGGGAGGACAUGGUGUGUAUGUGUGUGAGGGGGCUUCUACACAUUGAACAUGUAACCACAGUCACAGUUAGGUUUCCAGUAAGCCCAGCAAUGACCUUUGAACAUGGCAGGAUUUUGCUGCCAUAAAGCGAGGUGGGAUCUGGAACCAGUAGCCUACCAGAGAAUCCAUUACUGUGCCACACGGCAUCUCCUCCCAUGCGAGAGCUCAACCCACCCAUCAUCCUCCACACGGGGUCGAGUUUCUCCUUCAGGUCUUAAGAUUGUGGCAGGUUGGAGCUUACACAGCACAUGGCAGGGAUACGGUGCAAUUGUUUUUCUGUCCAUCUCCACGUCCUCUUUUUUUUUUCUCUUUUAAUUUUUCAAUUUUAAUAUAUCCCAUUAAUAUUAAUGUCAACGUUGUUGCUAAGUCCACUGAUUCUCAUAUUCAGUAGACCAAAAAUUUAAUUCUGUGUCUGUAUUCUGUUGGAAUGUCUCACUCAGGCUCUACUGUAAGUGUUAAAAGCAAGUCUCAGUCCCAUUGUCUGUGAUUUUAUCUUGUGUGCUGAAUGCUUUCUUGCACUGGUAUUCAAAUUGAUUGCAUUAUUUAUGUCUUUCAACAAUUGUGUGUGCUUUGUUUUCGAAGGAAAUCAAUAUCUAGUUUAAUUUCUCCCACUCACAUGGGAUGUCAUUCAUUAUUAUUGUUAAAUGUUAGACUGAUAUCAUAAUCGGUGUCUGGGUCCAGACGUGGACAGCUGCUUUGCAUUGCCCGCCGUGACAAACAUGGACUCUCCACCGGCAGCCCAUAUGUUUUUCAGAUCCAGCACUGUGGUUGCUGACUGCAUUGUAUUUAAAACUAAAAGAUGAACCAAGCUAGAUCAUUUCCAUAAACUACUAUACAGUUCGAUAAGUGACCAUGUACAUAUACUUUUGUAUGGAGGUUUGGUUUUUUUUUGGUUUUGUUUUGUUAUUAAAGACUUGCAGUCCAAUGGCAUGGAUGUAUGUA